CCGGGCGGCUCGGCCCUCGGCGCCGGCCAUGGCUUCGGCUGGCGGCGGCUGCGGGCCGGGGGAGCAGGACCGGCCGGCGCGGCGGCCCUUCCUCAUCGGGGUCAGCGGCGGCACCGCCAGCGGCAAGUCCACAGUGUGCGAGAAGAUCAUGGAGCUCCUGGGCCAGAACGAAGUGGACCAUCGGCAGCGCAAACUGGUCAUUCUGAGCCAGGACCGGUUCUACAAGGUGUUGACGGCCGACCAGAAGGCCAAGGCCCUAAAGGGGCAGUACAACUUUGAUCACCCAGAUGCUUUUGAUAACGAUUUGAUGCAUUUGACCCUGAAGCACAUUGUGGAGGGAAAAACUGUCGAGGUUCCAGCCUAUGAUUUUGUGACCCACUCCAGGUUACUGGAGACAACUGUGGUUUAUCCAGCUGACGUGGUGCUGUUUGAGGGCAUCUUGGUGUUCUACAGCCAAGAGAUCCGGGACAUGUUCCACCUCCGCCUCUUUGUGGACACAGACUCAGACGUCAGGCUGUCUCGCAGAGUUCUCCGGGACAUGAAUCGUGGCAGAGACCUGGAGCAGAUCCUAACCCAGUACACCACCUUCGUCAAACCUGCUUUUGAGGAGUUCUGUUUGCCGACUAAGAAGUAUGCCGAUGUGAUAAUCCCCAGAGGGGUCGACAAUAUGGUUGCCAUAAACCUGAUUGUGCAGCACAUCCAGGACAUUCUGAAUGGUGACAUCUGCAAGUGGCAACGAGGUGGGGCCAAUGGACGGAACUACAAAAGGACACUCCCGGAGCCGGGGGACACUACUGCUGUGCUGGUUUCUGGCAAACGGUCCCACCUGGAAUCUAUCAGCCGGCCCCACUGAGGAAAAGCCCCAGCCGGUUUCUUGACCUCUUGGGUGGCUCUUGGCUGACCACUGUACAGUGAGUGGGGCUGGGGCUGCCCAUUUUAAAGUAGAAAGGGGGGGAAGUCAAUUUUAAUCAUGUUACAGAGGGAUGCUGGGACAGUCAAUCAUCCCAUAGGAAUGACCGUUCAUUUCAUUCACUGUCCAGCUUGGGGGAUGAAGUCUUGUGGACUGCCCCCCUCUUUGUUUUUACCUGCUGUCUUGUUCUAUUAAGAGGACAAGGAGCUUUGAAAACCUUUUUUUUUGGCCAUGGCCGGAAGGCGAACUCUUGCACUUACUCCCAGCAGGAGGCCAGGUUUUGCACUGAGUUGGGGGAAGCUCUGGGUUUGUCCUGCUGGGAAGCACACAGGUGUGAACCAGAAGGGGUAAGAUAUGCUAUCUUCCCUUAAUUGUGUUUACAGGUGGUCUGAGAGGCCCUCCCCCUGAGCAGUCAGUGCAGAAGCAAUAGCUUUCAUGGUAGCUCCCAGCCAUGACUGUGUAGGGUUUUGGCUUGAAUGUGACUCAGUAGCUCAGCAAAGCAUUCUGGAUGGGGUUGCUGCCUCUUCCCUCUGUCCCCAGCCAUGUGUGUGGACCUUCAGAUUUUACCCAGGGGCAGUAUAUGGUGCUGAGGCCACUUAGGACAUGUUUUUCCAUUUAGCAUCCUUUGUGCUAAGUUACUUGCUGGACUGUGGAGAUUCAAGUGAAUUUAUUGCACAAGGUAAGCCAGCUGUUGCUACAUACACACAGUUCUCUCCCCAGAACCUGAUAAUGUAUAAAGCUAGUCUCCAUACAGGCACCAGUUUGUUAUUCUUUCUCUAAGGUGCUUAACUCAUCAUAGUGAUUAUGCAAUACACAAGACUGGGUUGCAGCUCUCUGGCUGCUUUUCUAAAACAUAAUUACCUAGUUAUGCUUCCUUGUUGUGCUGUUUUAGGUUCAAUAAACAGACAUCAAACCACUAAA